CGUCCUUAAUACGUCAUCAAAAGGCGCCUAUAAACAGCACUAGCGGGAAUUUGACAGUUAAAAAGCCCAGCUGAAUUUGCAUUUAAGCAAAACAUGACGCAGAGAAAGAGACUGUCCAACACUCAGAUCAAAAGGCAGUCGGGCACCUUCGUGUCUCAGGGAGACGAUGACGACACGACCUUCACCCAACCAAGUAACACUCAGGUCCAGAGAGGGCUGGAGAAGCUCACGCCUUCGCAGGUCGACCAAAAGACUGCUGAGGUCGUGCAGUAUUUCUUGGUUAAGGACCAAAAGAAGAUUCCAAUACGCCGAGCAGACAUCGUGAAACAUGUGGUGAAGGAAUACAGAAACAUCUACCCUGAGAUCAUAAACAGAGCGGCACAAACGUUUGACAAGGUCUUUGGCCUCAAACUGGUGGAGAUCGACACCAAAAAUCAUUUGUACAUACUGGUCAAUAAGUUGGAAGCAGCCGAGAGAGCCCCGCCCAUCGAGACUCCGGCCAAUCCAAAGACGGGUCUGCUGUUUGUCAUCCUGAGUGUGAUUUUCAUGAAGGGCGGCGUGGUGAAAGAAAACCUCAUCUGGAAUACUCUGAAGAAACUGCGAGUUGACCCGGGAGACAGACAUGAAGAGUUCGGCGACGUGAAGAAGGUGGUGACAGACGAGUUUGUGCGCCAAAGGUACCUGGAGUACAUGCGGAUCCCUCAUACAGAGCCGGUGGAGCACGAGUUCAGAUGGGGUCAGCGUGCAGAAAUAGAAGUCUCCAAAGCCAAAAUCCUCGAGUUCGUCGGCGAGCUCCAUGAACAGGACCCUCAGAGCUGGAGCCAGCAGUACAGAGAAGCUCACGCCCCCCAGACCCCCUCACAGCCCGGCACCAGCAGCCAGAGAUAACCGCGACCCCCGACCCCAGUUUUACAUUUAAUAUUUUAACACUUGUUUUAUUUAUUGUUGUGAAGUGAUGCAGCAGGAGAAACAUUCACAUGUUACAGUCUUCAUCCUGCUCCAACAGAAAACAUGAGGCCGUCUCUUAAUCUGACCUCUGACCUCACACGUGUUCAUGUUCAUACUCUGACACCGUUUCAUCUCUUUAAAUGUAAAUGACUUUAAAUAUGACACAGCAAUGAUCACAUAUCCAUUUUUAUUUUAUUGCAUGGACGUUCAGGUAACAGUUAUUUGUUCUACUUCAGAAAAUAAAAGUUCUUUUUAACACAUGGA